GUUCCAUAAAAGCUGUCUUUCAUCGCAAUAGCCCAAAGGCCCGCUCACCUUUUUGACCUUGUUCUUCAAACUUCGAGCCCCCCCCCCCCCCCUCACCCCGACACUCCCACCAGCGACUACCUAACCGCCGCCCUCCCCUUCGGACAGAGGCACGCACAUGGUUGCGCUCGGUGUCACUUUACAAGACAGUCCUGGACGGUGGACGCGUUUCCCUUUUGGAUUGUAUCACGUUUUGCCUUGAAGGUUGACGUCCAAGGGGGGAGCUCGGCGCGCUCUCUUUAGGGGCGGAGGUCGACGGAGCUGCCAAAAGUCAUGCCGGCCGGCUUUCAGCAACUCGGAGGAGAGACGGUGACCGGGACCCUGGCUCUAUCGGUCUUCACUGCUGUCCUGGGAUCACUGGAGUUCGGAUACAACAUCGGCGUCAUCAAUGCGCCUCAGAAGAUCAUCGAGGAGGACUACAACUCCACAUGGGCGCACCGGCACGGACAAGCCAUCCCGGCGGGGACCCUCACGUCCCUGUGGUCCCUGUCGGUGGCCAUCUUCUCCAUCGGAGGCAUGCUGUCCUCAUUCUGCGUGGGCUUUGUUUCCGAGUGGCUGGGCAGGAGAAAAGCUCUGCUGAUCAACAACCUGCUGGCCUUCGUGGGCGGCGGCCUGAUGGGCCUGUCCAAGCUGUGUCGCUCCUUCGAAAUGAUGAUCCUCGGACGCUGCGUCAUCGGCGCCUACUGCGGUGGGCCUCGCCUCCCGCGUCGCGCUUUUCUUCGGCCGCCGCGAUCGCGUUUGACGCCGCUCCUUUCGGCCCCCAGGGCUGGCGUCCGGCUUGACCCCCAUGUACGUGGGGGAGAUCGCGCCCACCGGUCUGCGGGGGGCGCUGGGCACGCUGCAUCAGCUGGCGAUCGUCACGGGAAUUCUCAUCGCGCAGAUCUUAGGGCUGCAGCAGCUGCUGGGCGGCGAGGAGCUGUGGCCCGUCCUGAUGGGGCUGACGGUGGUGCCCACCGUCCUCCAGAUGGCACUGUUGCCCUUCUGCCCGGAGAGCCCCCGCUUCCUCUUCAUCGUCCGCUGUCAGGAGCACCAGGCCAAGAGAGGCCUGCGGCGGUUGACCGGCCGUCAGGACGUGGGCGACCUGCUGGCGGAGAUGAAGGAGGAGAAGAGGAGGAUGGACAUGGAGCGGAAGGUCUCCAUCGUGGAGCUGUUCCGCUCGCCGGUGCACCGCCAGCCCCUCGUCAUCUCCAUCCUGCUGCAGCUCUCCCAGCAGCUCUCCGGGAUCAAUGCGAUUUUCUACUACUCCACGAGCAUCUUCACCAAGGCCGGAGUCCAGAGUCCGGUUUACGCCACAGUAGGAGCCGGAAUAGUGAACUGUGCUUUCACCGUGGUCUCGCUCUUCCUAGUGGAGCGGAUGGGCCGGAGGACCCUCCACAUGCUGGGACUGGGCGGCAUGUGCGUCUGCGCCGUGCUCAUGACCGUCGCGCUCAGCUUAUUGGUCGGCCUCCCCGCGUUCCAGUCCGCCCGCGCGGCGCCGGCUGUUUCCUGACGCUUGUCCGUCUCCGCUCCUCACAGGACACGGUCCCCGCCAUGAGCUACGUCAGCAUGCUGUCCAUCUUUGGCUUUGUGGCCUUCUUCGAGGUGGGUCCGGGUCCCAUCCCUUGGUUCUUUGUCGCCGAGCUGUUCUCGCAGGGUCCCCGGCCGGCCGCAAUGGCCGUGGCGGGGUGCUCGAACUGGACCGCUAACUUCGUCGUCGGCAUGGGCUUCCAGUACGUUGCUGAGCUGUGCGGUCCGUACGUCUUCCUGAUCUUCGCCGUGCUCCUGCUCGUCUUCCUCGUCUUCACGUUCUUCCGCGUGCCCGAGACGCGGGGCAAGACCUUCGACCAGAUCGCCGCCAACUUCCACCGCAGCUUGCCCGACGCCAUGAUGGACAUGGAUAUGGAGCUCAACAAGACCAGCACGGAAUUGGACUAUUUGGGGGACGAAAGUUAACUGAGAACUGGACAUUUUCCAUGAUGACGUUUGAGGGGUUUUAUUGUAUUUAUUAUGGCGUGCUUUGGUUUCCGACAAAAUUUUAGCUCUUAUUUCCGCAGGAUGCGUAACGCACAUUUACUUUUAAUUCCACACUGUAAUUUCUGCACUUUAAUAAUAUACAUCAGUGGCUGUUUGUGUUAUUAAAAGAGAAAAGAAAAAAAAAAAAAAAAAAAAAAAGCCUCAAAACAGGAACU